AUGUCUUCCAAUGAUGCCGAAGCCACCAGCACGGCAGCCGAAGACAAGAAACCAAUUCCAGCAUGGAAACUGCGACAACAAAUGUUACAAAAGAAUGCACCGCCCAAACCUUCUCAAUUAAAUAAACAAAUAGCGAAAAAGAAGACAGGCUUUGAUGCUCCACUGCCGCCAGCCUUCAAGACUGUCAGAAAACAACGGUUGGCAUUUGCCAAACAGCAAGAUCGGCGAGCCAACAACGAUACGUGGGUUUCAUUAAAUAGUUCACAUCCAGAGAGCAGCUCUCACGCAAAAGAAGGGCAAGAAGGGACGACGGAAGAAACAGCAGAAUAUAGUAGUGGUGAAGACAAUGCCGGCAGUGACGAUGACAGCUUUGCAUAA